GUUUGUGUUUUCUAAAGUCGAAUUGAAUUUUCUUCGGAUUCAAGUUUCCUUGUUCUUUGACUAUUUCAAACAUGAUGAAACAUAAGCUGCCAGAAAAUUGGAUUGUAUUAAAUUCAAAGUCGCAUCCGCAUAGAGUUUACUAUUUUAAUGUUAAAACAAAUCAAUCUUCUUGGGUAGAACCAAUAGGAGAUCAAACAGAACAAGACUCAGUUGGAUGUUCAAAAAGGCGUAAAAUAUCAUUACAAAAAGAUGACAUUAACCAGGUUCAGUCUAUUGUUUCUGAACAUAAUGUAUCUGAAGCAAAAAUGUCUAAAAGAAAGAAACUUAUUGAUAAGCGUUCUAUUGAACAAACACAAAAGAAAACUAAUGAAGGAAAAGAAACUCCACAGAUGAAAGCAAUUCGUGAAAAAAUGUUAAAAAGAAUGGAAAAGAAUAGUAUUAAAGCUCAGAAUUCUAAAUCAACUAAGGAUAUGGCAAAAUUAUCACCUCAAAAGCUUGAUAAAUCUAGUUCAUGGGUGCAAAAAUCUGAUACUCAUUUAAAUUUAGAAGUAACUCCUACGCCACAAAUGCAGAUACUUUUAGAAAAAAUAGAGGAAAGAACACCAAAAUAUAAAUCUAGAACGAAAAAGGCAGAGGAAGACAAAAAUACAAUAUAUAGGCAAAAGAAACCAAUUAAAACACGAUCAAGAAAUCAAAAUGUAAAUGAACAAAAAACUAUUUCAAAGGUUUCCUUAGAAAAUAAAAAUCAGAAAGAAGAACAAAAAGGUCCAAACAUUGCAACAAUAGAAAAGAAAUUACAGAAUAAAAAGAAGAAUAAAAAAUCCAAGUUGAAAAGGCAGUGUAAAAAGUUGUUAAAAGUAAAUUUAGGCAAUGAGCGCAUGGAAAAAUUGAGGGAAAACUUAACAACAAAAUAUGAUAGUUUGAAUGAUAUUUCUUCUCCAUUGGCAAGUUCUUCUCCAUUAGAUAAAUUUGUAGGGGAAAAAUUACCAAACAUUCAUAAAAAUGUUGAAGUUAGACUAGUACGUUUAAAAGAGAGAUUUAUAAAUGAUAAAAUUUCUAUUAAUAAAAAUUCAUGUACUGGCAAAGGAGAGGAAACAGUAAACUUGUCUGAAAAAUCAAUAACAACUGUAGAUGACUUAAUAAAACAAUCCAAUGAAAAUUCUUUGUAUGAAGAAAUGGAUUGGGAACCAUUGGAAGAUGAAAAAAUUACAUUUGAAGUUCAAGCUGUUAGAACACAACUUUGUUCAGGAAAUAAUUUGCAUACAUCCUGUAAUAUACCUUGCAGUACUUCAAAGUAUGCCUUAUUGAUGGAGCAACAAACAAGAAAGUAUCUGUAUAUUGUUGUUGAUACAAAUGUGUUCUUAUCAAAUAUCAAUGCUAUUGAUUUGGCAAGAGAAACUACUUUCAAAAGUUAUGAUCAUUCAAUAAUUGUGGUACCAUGGACUGUCAUACGUGAGCUUGAUUAUAUUAAAGAUGAUAAUGGCAAAUCAAAAUCAACAACAUUGUGUGUUAAAGCCAGAAAAGCUAUAAAUUAUAUUCACAAACUUUUUUCUUCUAAAGAACCAUAUAUUAUAGGACAAACAUCAGAAGACGUCGCAAGAAAUAAAGUAAAAUUUUCUGUUGACUGUCCAGAUGAUGAAAUUUUACAGACUUGUUUACAAAUUCGAGAUUUAGGGAAAUCCGUGGUCUUAUUAUCAUAUGAUAUGAAUCUCUGCAACAAAGCUAUGAUUUAUGAUAUUGUCACACUUGGGAGGAAUGAUCCCCUCGAAAAAAUCGAUUAUCUCAAUGCUACUACCUUUAUAAAUGAGUCAAUAUCUCAUUUUAAUAAUGAUACUACAUCAAUUCUAAGUCAGGAACUGUAUUUAUCAGAUGAAAUAUAUGAGGAUAUAAAAAGUGUUACAAGAGACUUUCUGACAGUAAUAGUCAGCAAAGAAAUGUAUACAUUAUAUGGAGAAUCUUGGGAAAAGUAUGUUGUUAUAAGACCACCUUGGACAACUGUAACUGUUUUAAAAUGUGCUGUAAAACAUUGGAUAGCUGCUAUAAGUGAGUCAUUUCGAAGAAAAGCAGGAGUUAUUAUGAAAGAACUGUUAGAAAUAUUUGAAAAUACAACUGGCAAAAGGUCUUUAAAAGAAAAUAGUUAUAUUUUGAAUAAGUGCAGCGACUUGAUACAGAUGGUUAAUAUAGACAAACAUUCAGAUUUAAUGUUACGAAUUUCUAGAAAGAUUGAUGAGUUGAAAGAAAAAUGUCAAGAUUAUGAGUCUCGGAUAAAUAAUCAAAAAUUAUGUGACGCAAUUGGAAUCGAAAACAAUAUUGAGGAACAAGAAUGUAGAGCACAAAAAGCUUUUCAGUAUUUUGAAAUGGCAUAUGUUUAUGCUCGUGACAUGUGUGGAAUGGCGGCUGAAGUGGUAGGAAUGCCUUGCAGUUUUCAAUAUAAUAUUCCAAAUCCACUUCCACCUAUAGAUUAUGUAAAACAAAUACAACCAGAACUUGCAGCAAAUGUAAAUAAACUAUUAUGUAGUCUGAGCGCUGUAACAGAGCAAGUUAAAAGUUCUUGUAUAGAUUAUCGAUCAUUAACAAAUUUACAUCAAACAUUGAUAACAUUUCUACCUGAGUCUGCUCCAGCAGCAAUGAAAUUGAUUGACAUUGAUUUAGUGCCUCUUGAUAUAUAUUGUUGCAUAAAACGAAAGGAAGAUAUUCUAACUAGAGGUUUGCGACAACUGCAAGAACUCAGUACUCACUUUUGUAGAUUAGCAAGCUAUAAAUUUCUAUAUAAUACAAGAAGUAAUUUUUGUACAACGUGGAAAAUAAAAAUGCACAGCCAGAAUAGUGAUACGUAUGAAAUUAUGUUCCCUGGCAAUCUUUAAUAAAACAAUUUAAUCUCCAAUAAAGCAAUUUAAUCUUCAAUGGAACAAUUUGUCAAUAUUCUGAUAAUUGGGCGUUAU